CGUUCAAAGCGCGCAGAUCCACAAACCACAAACCACAACGGAAGCAACCAAGUGACAAAAUUUUGAUUAUUGCGGUCCCAAAAAGAAUUAGAAGAAAGAUCAGUGACAAGUGCAACAGAAAAGAAAACAGAGAAAUGGCAGCCAAAACAAUGCCUCUGCUCCGUCCCCACACCGUACUGGGCCUCGGCCUAAUUGUGCUCCUCAUGUGGGAGCCAGCCCCCAGCACAGGCUACGCCAUCGGCCAGUCCAAGUUCGGAAAGAUCGAAAAGUUCCCCUACCAAGUGAUGCUGAUAGGAAAGCAGCUGUGGCGCAAGCGCAUUCUGUGCGGCGGCACAUUGCUGGACAGGCGUUGGAUACUCACUGCCGGCCACUGCACCAUGGGAGUGACCCACUAUGAUGUGUACCUGGGCACAAAGAGCGUGGAGGAUACGGAACAGUUGGGAGGACUGGUGAUCCGAUCAAACAAAUUCAUCGUCCACGAGCUUUUCAAUCCGGAAACGGCUGCCAAUGACAUCGCUCUGGUCAAGCUGCCAAUGGAUGUGGCCUUUACAGCGCGCAUCCAGGCAGCCUCGUUGCCGAGCAGACAGCGGCACGACCAGUACACGGGCAUGAGCGUGGUGGCCAGCGGAUGGGGCGCCAUGGUGGAGAUGUCCAACUCGGACUCGAUGCAGUACACCGAGCUUAAGGUGAUCUCGAAUGAGGAGUGCGCACAGGAGUACGAUGUGGUUACGUCUGGUGUGAUGUGCGCCAAGGGCCUGAAAGACGAGACCGUGUGCACAGGCGAUUCCGGUGGCCCCCUGGUGCUCAAGAACACCCAAGUGGUUGUGGGCAUUACCAGCUUUGGUCCAGCCGAUGGCUGCGAAACCAAUAUUCCCGGAGGCUUCACCAGAGUCACACACUAUUUGGACUGGAUUGAGAGUAAGACUGGUGGUCUCACUGCACCACAGCGGGUCCCCUCAACUCAGCAUUAUGUCCGGCCACAGCAACAGUUGCAGCAUACGCAGCAGCAUCCGCAGCAGAAUCCGCAGCAGCAUCCGCAGCAGCAUCAGCAUCUGUAUAGUGAUGACAAUCUCAUUUAGGAUGAGUACGUCUAGCCGUAACCCCCCUUUGACUGAAUCUUUAUAGCUUUAUCUUGAAAGAAUUCUCUAAUCGUGUGAUAUAUGUCUAAAUACUCCCCUUCAGUUAGCUAAUGUCUCCAUCAAAAUUUGUACAUUGUUCUUAGCUUUAACUAUUUAAACAUCUAUAUAUUUAUUUUAAUUGUAAGGCUGGAGCAAAUGACAGCUCCAAAUGAAAAACAAAACCCCACUGAAAUGUGGUCUCCAAACAAAA